AUGGGCGCAGAGGUCGAGCCACUGCCGCUGUACGAGCAGUCUAGCCAGGACAGGCAAGCACACAGGGACUGGCGGUUCUCUGUGAGCUCACUGGCCAAAAUGCGACAAGACCUCAACCGAGCUGCCAUCCAGCGGAUCAAGUCGACCCUAGAAGAGGACAGAGCGGCGACAAGCGCAGGCACAGAGAGCGACGCGGCAGAUCCAUCAGAACUCACUUUCCUCUCCGUCCAGGACGAGCAGGCCCUCGUGUCCUUCUACUUGACCAAGAUCGCUCAGAUCUCCCAAGCACCCUUCUUCCGCUUCUCCCACACCGUCGAGUCGACCGCCAUGACGUUCCUCAAGCGUUUCUACUUACGCAACACGUGCAUGGACUAUCAUCCAAAGAAGAUCAUGCUGACUUGCUUAUUCCUCGCGACCAAGACCGAGAAUCAAAUGGUGCCCAUCGACUUCUUUGCGAGCAAACUCAAGGAGGAUCAAGCUGCCAUACUUUCGCUCGAGUUUGUCAUCAGCCAAUCGCUCAAGUUCCAGUACUCUGUCCAUGGAGCUCACAACGCUCUGCGGGGCCUUUCGCUCGAUCUGCAAAGCCUGCCCGGCUUGGAUGAGACGCGCUCGGCCGGUGCUCUCGAACGCGCACGAGAGACCGUCAAAGCCUCCCGUCUCACAGAUCUCGAGUUUGUCUUUCCGCCCUCGCAGAUCGCUCUGCUUGCAUUAUGGCAAGCAGACACCGAAUUGGCAGAGCAAUGGCUCCAGUCGAAAUUAGAUCGUCUUCAGCCGCACCAAGGGCAACUUAAAGAGAUGUCCGCCCUUGGCAAUGUGCUUACCACAGCGCAAGAGCUACUAGCCAGUCAAUCGGCACAGUGCACAGCAGCAACGACAGAGGUCGUCAGAACGAUCGACAAGCGGCUUAGGUUGUGCACCAAUCCUGCCAAAGAUCCCAACUCUGCAAUCUCCAAGAAACGCCAGGCACAGGUCGAAGCCGAACAACUCGAGAAGAAGCGAGCCAAAGCGGAGACGCAUGCUGCGAAAGUGGAAGAGGAGGAUCCAUUCAAUUGA